UUCUGGAAAUGACAAGCAAACAGACAGAGUUCAAUUCCUAAUUCUGUCCAGCAUGAGAAAUCAACUGAUGACAUGCUAAUGUUUUGGGAGGGUGACUGACUGAAGAAAUCGUGGUGGUGAUUAAGAUGUCUCUGAAAUGACAAUAGUGUCUCACUAAGGUCUUUGCAUGUCCAUCUCCAUUCUCCCUUCUGCCGUCGCUGGCUCGCCACUGAAACUAAUAACUGAAUUGCAUAGCUCUACCACGCGCACCAAGAGUGAUGCAAAACUGGCUGCUGAUAGGCUCAAACCGAAACUUUUCCCGGACUCUCAUUGGCUGUCGCUGUUCUCAUGUGAGGCAAUAUGCAGAUAGACUAGAUGUGGUGGCUGAAAGGAACCCUGUCAUUGCCAGUCCAGCCAGGCAGAGACGAGAGGGGGUGUGUCGCAGGACCCAAGGAAUUCGUUGUCCAGAACCGGUCUUAUUGUAUAAUGCUUUAGCUGGAUCUCUAAGCUGUUACCUGAAGCAAUCAUCGACGUCUGACCGCUUAAUUCUAUCGACCGGUAUCAUUCGUUUUUACUGAGGAAGAAGUAACGCUUUACAAUGAAUUGCACAAGGGUCCUGCAGAUAUUGAACCCCAGGCCGAUGCCCAGUCCAAUCAUGCCCGUCGACGUGGCCAUGCGGAUCUGCCUGGCGCAGUCGCCGCCCGUGUGCAGCUUCCUGGGCUCCUACGAGGCGCAGCGCAACCUCGUCAACCAGUACAAGUCCAAGCCCCUCAGGCCCUGCAUCAGCUCCAAGCCUGACAUCCAGUCCAACGCCUCCCACACCACCACCACCACCGCCACAGUAAGCAGCACCCCAACCAAGACCACCGUGGGCUUCAAGAGUCCCAGCGUCAAACACAAGAAGCGGGUGGUGUUCGCCGACUCCAAGGGCAUGUCGCUAACGGCCAUCCACGUCUUCAAGGAGUUCGAUGAGGACCCGCUGGCGGAUCUGCAGUUCGAGCUGGCAGACCUGGAGAACGCCAUCGUGGGCAUGAGGGUGGAGAAGGAGAGGAGCCUGACGCUGGACUUCGCCCAGCCCGCCGCUGACUACCUGGACUUCCGGAACCGGCUGAAGAAGAACAUGGUCAGCCUGGAGAACUGCGUUCUGCAGGACAAGGCCCUCAGCGGAACUAUCAAAGUCAGCAACGUCAGCUUCGAGAAGUCGGUGGCGCUGCGGAUAACGUUUGACUCGUGGAAGAGCCACACGGACGUUCCCUGCGUCUACAUGAACAACGUGUACGGCUGCCUGGACAUUGACACGUUCUCCUUCGCCGUGGACCUGCCGGCGGUCAUCGCGCCCGGCCAGAGCGUGGAGUUCUGCAUCUGCUACAAGACCCAGAUCGGGGAGUACUGGGACAACAACGACGGGAAAAACUACAAGCUGGUCCAAUCGGAGCGCGAGCAGCCUGACCAGCACACCUGCACCAUCCCCAAACCCCCCGUGCAGGACUUCAAAAGCCAGUGCAAGAAACCAGAGAUGGAAUUCGACCAGUUCGGGAGCCCCAGAACGUCCAGCGGCUUCUUCCCCGAAUGGCAGAGCUGGGGCCACAUUGAGAGCAGCACCCCCUACUGGUGAACUGUGAGAUUACAUGAAAAGGUUCAACAAAAGUAUGCCCUUUACGAGACUAACCCACGAAGAAGAUAAAACAAAGUAAACAGAACAUCCCGUAGAAAGAGGCCCUUGUGGAGGGCUGUCCCUGGAACAGGCCCAGAAGAGAGAUCGGGCCUUGUCCAGAACCGUAAGCUUAGCCUGUUCGUUUGGGGACCCUGUCCAACUUGAUCGUCAAUCACAGAUAAUUGCAAUCUGAAAUCCUCUCCCCUUUCGGACCAAAGAGAGAUGUAUAGAGGUCCACACUGUUCUCCUAGUUUUACCAGCAUGACUGCAAUUGGGAGUGAGAGUGUUAAUGGAGAAAUGGACAGUAUUGCCGAUGCCACUCACGGUGUACAGUUGAGCUUACGGUUAGCAGCGGUUAGCUCUUGGAUGUUUCGGUCACACUAAUCCCAGUGCAGAGUAGUUCUGUGAGAUUAACCCAUGUGGCUAAUUGCCAUGUUUUGACAUGGCACAAUGUAAACAGCAAAAAGGAAUGGGGCUGGGAGCAGCUCACGUUGACUGAACUGGUUGAUGUUCAGUUUUUUUUCCUGACAAAAAGUUAUUUUUCCCCCAUUUUUUUUGCUGUGCACUAAAAGCAUCUUUAGAUUUCGAAACUUCAGUUGUAUUUUUAUUUUAUUUUUUUCCUUUUUUCCUUUGUAACACAGCACAUGCCUUCCUUUUGCAAAUGGAUUUGUCUGAUUGUCAAAGUCAGUUUCUAUGAAGGUUGUUGGCAUUACUUCAGACGUGAGAUGUUCACUUCGAAAGGCCUUUCACCAAGACGAGACCACUUUGCUGAAAUGUGUCGCUUCUCCUUGUCAGGCUCAGCAUUAGCAUCCUUUGUUUUGUCUUUUUUUGUUUGUUAUUGUUUUUUGUUUUGUUUGUUUGUUUGUUCGGCUUUGUUCAAUUUUGAAAGGGCAGUGUUCCCAUGGAUCACCUAGUAGUGUGUUAAAUGUGAGGCUCUUUAGCGAGCAUAACGAAUGCAAAGGGACAAGGGUUUUAAUCCACCACCCACGCAACCUGCUCUCAUCACCUCCCCCUCUGACCGCCUGUCCUCCAAAUCCCCACCCCCACCCCCAUCCCAAUCUCAGACUGUCACCACGCAUGAGACUCUGGCGCUAGUAAUGUUUGCACUGAUACAGAGCGAUGCCUUUAUUUCUGGACUCGAACAGAAACAGAAACCGAACAGAAUGUGGAAGUGGGACGAUGUGGUACAAAGCAUGAAUUUUUUACUUCAUAUUGAAGUUUGCCUGACGUACGUAUGUCUGUAGUCGUAUAUUCAUGGUACCCUACAUUUGAACACUUUCAGGUAUGCAAAUGAAAGUAUGCAAGAUGGUAAGGCACAGCCCAUAACAAACCCUAACCCCCCACCCACCCUCAUCUCCCUUUAAAUGGACAGUAUACCGCCAGCCCUUAGAUGUGACAACAUCACACCUACGUAUAUUUUGCACUUGAGCCAACUCCCCAAGCCCAUAAAACUUUAAUACAAGUCAUGGAAAUCUUGCACACACACCCUAUGCUAUCCCGAUGCCUUUCCCUUUGCUGCUAAAUGUCGCUCCGCAGUGUUUGCGUUUGUGUGCGCACCGUAUGUGUGUAGGCCGUCAUGAUGUGUGUGUGUGUACAUGUAUGUAUGCUGUCAUGGUCCCAUGGUAUGUGAAUCCUCUUACUUGGAAUAGAAGAAGAAGAAGAAUCGGGAAGGUGAUUUUGGGUAAUUGCAAUAGCGGAGAGGGAUAGAGAAUGUAAACUUUAUAAGGGAAGUAUUUUGUAUGUAAGGGAAGAGAGACACCAUUUUGUUUACACAUGCGUGUCUGCUAGUUUAAGAGGAAAAGGGGUCAAGACAAAAGAGUAGCCGCUGCUUUAUUCACAGUGCUUAAGCUUUUUCACAGCCUCUGUAAUGUGUUUGGAAAACCCUGAAGAAAAAGGAAGAUGACUUUGGCGCAGCAGGUGUGGCGUGUGGCGAAGGUCCGUUCAAGCCACAAAGAUUCAAGAGUAUGUGUGUUUUAUGGAUUGAAUGUAGAAAACCAACACCCAGGCCUCAAUGUUGGCCUGGUGUGUUUCUGUUUGCCUGUAUGUAUGUGUGCGAUGAUUUUUUUUCUACUGCGAAGAAAAAGUGUCUGUCAGAAAGAAUGGCUUUCUGUGUCAAAAAUGAUCCUUUUAGAAAUAAAAACGCUACAAGUUUUUACUGAGAA